ACAGUUUGUCACCAGCAACCGUCCUAAUCGAAUCUCAAAAUGUUCUCCAAAAUUACCGUCUUUGUCGUUCUGGCCAUCGUUGCCGCAGCCUCGGCCAAGCCACUGCUUCCUCUGACCGCGGCCGCCUACACGGCUCCAGCUGUUCUGGGUGCUCCUGCUGUGGCCGCUGCCUACACAGCUGCUCCAGUUGCUGCGGCCUACACUGCCUAUCCUUAUGCUAGCUAUCCGUAUGCCGCCGCCGCCGCCUAUCCUUACGCAGCUGGAUUUGCCGCCCCCGCCCUGCCUUAUACUUCAUUGGUGCUGUAAGGAUGCUGGCGUCUGCAGUUGCUUCUGAAAGCUUUUAUCGAAUAUGAACGUACCAAAACUUGAAAUUUAAAUUUUCUGAUUGUUUUUUUUUUGACUCAAACACAUUCUUCCUGCUUUAUAAUUAUGUACUACCAGAGAACAUUUGCUUUUGUUUAAAAAAAACUCAAAAAUAAAAUCCCUCCCAAUGAAAA